GACAAGCUCUGGAUGUACAGAAAGAGUCUGUCUACCAGGAUUUAUGCCCACCUUUAAAGUUCAGGGCCAGGUCUAUCACAGAAUUGGUGCCAUGCAACAUCAGUCAGGAGAAAACCCAGAGUUUCUGCAAAUCUAUUUUAUGGCUGAUAAACAAGAACAAGCUGAGACACGAUGCAGAGCUGUGCCUGGUGUGAAGAUUGACAUUAUUUGUCUCUUCGGGAGAUGCUCCACAACGUAAACAACUAUGUGGCGAGCUUCAAGACUGCCCUAGACAAGAUGGACCUACCAGAGCACCGCAUAGUUAUUCGACCAGACAAAGCUCCAACCAUGGAACAUCCAAGACGAUUUAACGCUCCACUGACAGAUGAAGUUGCUGUUCUCAUCGUUGGCCAACAAUUCAACAACAGUGACAUUGUUCUGCAAAAACGCAACGACCAGCUUCAACGAGUCGCCGAAACCCACAGAUCCUACGAUGCGCUUCAGUACCCGCUACUCUUCUGUCGCGGCGAAGAUGGAUAUAAUUUCGAACUGCGUCAAGUUGACCCAAGAACAGAUUUGCCUACCAACAAGAAAGUAUCCGCUAUGGACUUCUACGCCUACACAAUCAUGGUGAGGACCAACAAUUUUAACCACCUACUUAGAACCAAAAACCUCUUCCAUCACUUUUUAGUUGAUAUGUACGCUAAGAUUGAGAUUGAUACGUACGCCACAAUCAGAGCAAAUUGCGAGUCGACAGCUACAUCCACCUAAAAGAUGCUCUCGCCCAGAAUAGC